GUGUUCCUCAACAUUACUUUUAUUUUGAAAGUCAUAAGCGGAUGCGCUAUUCGUUGCUCGACUAUCGAGAUUGUACUCAUCGAUGAGGUGGAAAAAAACAGGAAAACAGUGUGUUUAUAAGUGAAAUUUGUUUUGUAAGCGUCGAGUUGGUUUGUAUACGUGUUUUUUUCUGUAGAUAAAAUGGGGAACUGCCAUACCGUUGGACCGAACGAGGCCCUUGUGGUUUCAGGUGGUUGCUGUGGCUCAGAUCAGAAGACGUAUAUUGUGGGAGGCUGGGCUUGGGCCUGGUGGCUCAUCUCUGACAUCCAGAGAAUGUCUCUGGAGGUUAUGACCAUCCUCUGUCGGUGUGAGAAUAUCGAAACUUCGGAGGGUGUUCCCCUGGAUGUGACAGGGGUGGCUCAGGUGAAGGUGAUGACAGAGAAUGAACUGCUGGGUUACGCCUGCGAACAGUUCCUGGGGAAGUCAGUCGUGGAGAUCAAGAGUGUCAUCCUGCAGACCCUUGAGGGUCACCUGCGCGCCAUCCUUGGCACCCUAACCGUUGAGCAGAUUUACCAAGACCGAGACAGAUUUGCCACUCUGGUGCGAGAGGUGGCAUCACCUGACGUCGGCCGCAUGGGUAUCGAGAUCCUCAGCUUCACCAUCAAGGAUGUAUAUGAUAAAGUGGAGUACCUGAGCUCACUGGGCAAAACGCAGACCGCUGCAGUACAGAGGGAUGCAGACAUCGGAGUGGCAGAGGCAGAGAGAGACGCUGGCAUCAGGGAAGCUGAGUGUAAGAGAGAAAUGAUGGAUGUUAAGUUCUUAGCUGACACAAAAAUGGCUGACUCCAAACGAGAGCUGGAAAUGCAGAAAGCUUCCUUUAAUCAGGAAGUGAACACAAAGAAAGCAGAGGCUCAGCUGGCGUACGAGCUGCAGGCGGCCAAAGAGCAGCAGAAGAUCUGCCUGGAGGAGAUCGAGAUCGAGGUGGUGCAGAGGAAGAAGCAGAUCACUAUUGAGGAGAAGGAGAUCGACCGCACGGAGAAGGAGCUGGUGGCCACCGUGAAGAGGCCUGCCGAGGCCGAAGCAUACAGGAUGCAGCAGCUGGCUGAGGGUCAGAAGAUAAAGACGGUGCUGACGGCGCAGGCGGCGGCCGACAAAAUCCGCCUUAUUGGUGAGGCGGAGGCCUCGUCCAUUAAAGCGGUGGGGAAGGCAGAGGCUGAGAAGAUGAGGCUGAAAGCUGAGGCCUACCAGCAGUACGGCGAGGCUGCCAAGACAGCUCUGGUCCUGGAGGCUCUGCCCUUGAUUGCCAGUAAGGUGGCGGCACCCCUGUCCAGGACCGGCGAGAUCGUCAUGCUGAGUGGAGACGGCAGCCGCGUGUCUGGAGAGGUGAACCGUCUAUUAGCUGAACUCCCCGUGUCCGUCAAUGCCCUCACCGGGGUGGAUCUGACUAAGAUCCCUCUGUUCCAGAAGAUGGUCAGCCCACAGUGCUAAGCAACCAUCUAAUGAACCAGGCCAGAGACUCUAAAUCCUUCAACAGUUAUCUGCCUCAAGCAUGAAAAGAGUUUUUUCAGCCUCCGGCCCCUUAUGUGACUGCCUUUGACCAGAAACACUUGACACCAAACAAGAGUUUUUUUUUAAUAUUUUUAAGAGGUUUUUAAUUUUCUAAAGGAAAACAAGCUGGGGCCUUACUUCUAAAGGACCAGACUAUAUGCAUCUUCUGUUGGAUUUAGUUUUCGACACAUUGAUCCUUAUCACACUGCACUAGUUAGCCAGGAUUAUAUGCUGCCAUCCUGUCCAGUCCUAUAAAUCAGUCAGAGUUGGUCCACUCUGAAUGUGGUGGUGUUAAACAUUAUUUUAGAAAGAAAAACACCUCAGUCUUCAGUAGUUGGAGCUGGAAACAGUCCAAAAAAUUAAAGCCAAAUCUGAAUAUUGUUCUCUGCUCCAGAGCUGUUCAAGUUUCUGCCUCAAAUGUGGGAUGUACCACUUCCCCGUCAGGUGUUCUGGCAUUUAUUCACCUUGGGGGCAGUGUCCAGCCUCUGCCUCUUCAUCCUCAAACAGAGCCCAGUUAGUGAAGCAACUUGCAGUAGACUGAGCCCGGUGUGAAAUGGGCAGCUUUUAUUUCCUCGUUGCUUUUAAAAUUCUUUAUAUUUUUUAUAGAUGAAUUAACUCUAACUCAGAGAAACUUUGAUGGAUUACCAAACCUAUGGCUGACCAGAUCUUAACCCACUGUGAUUGUAAAAGUUACGCUAUAUUACAAUAUCAGUAAUAUUUGAAUCACUUGUAUGAUAAUUCUUACCUCGCGGUAUACUGUCAUGUUGCCUGUCUUCUCGUUCUGAUGUGCAGUGCCUGUUUACCACUCAAGUGCCCAAACCUUAGGACGGUGAUUUUGGCUUUAGUUGGAUUCAUGUCAGAGUAUAUCACUGUGUUUAUAGAUGGAUGAUGUUUUAAUAUUGUUCCCUGUUCUCAUAACAUCUGCUUAUACUAACAACGGUGUUUACGCUUCACUUUUGUUGCGUGUUUUAGCACAUGGGCAGAUAUAAAACGCUAAGCAAACGCAUAACACAAAGCCAUACUUAGAGAAGAUUAGCCUUAAAAGAUACCCUGAAUAUUUCUUUCUUACUCGAGUAGCACGUGGUAGACGGUCAGGGUCUGAGCUUUGAUUCAUUUUGGUUCCUCCUCCUCAGAUGAACUGUUAUAGUCCUCCUUCUACGCAGAUGUGGUAACGUGUUUCUGGGAUAUCGUUUUGUAACGUUCACUUUUGCAGACUGUAUACACAUUUUGUAAAUUUAAAGAGUCACCCCUCACCUCUGCGGGUUGAAAGUUGCCACUAUGUUGCUUAUCUGACCACACCCAAUCUGUGAUGACAAAGCAAGUUUAGUGUUCCAAUCAGUCGGUCCGUACUUCAUUAAGUUGGAAGAUAAGAAGGUGAUCACAUUAUAAACACUGAGCGUGGUGUUGGUAAAUUUAAUGUCGAGCAGUUGGACCAAUGACUUUUUCUGCUGCAGCAUGUAAAUCAAAGAGGAUACUCUACUUACUAGAUACUGUUUUUUCUUAUUUGUUGCUCUUGUUGAUUUAGGUCAAUCUAAUUUAUACAUAUUGACUGUUAAAAUCGUUUAAGCGUUGAAAGCCAGAUGACAAAUGUCCAUAAUGAUGGUUUAUGUUACAUCAUCACUUGUGGCAAGAAGACCCAGUGUUGAAACAAGUUUCAACCUGUAGAUGGCAGUAUCAACAUGUAGUUUCAACCCAUGUUGAGUUUGUGAAUGAGCCACCACAUCAUCCAACCAAGUCACAUCAUACAUCAUCAUUAACCACUUUACAGAAUCUGUGAACUUAAAUGUUUUUGUUUGAUUUUGCCACUGACUGUUACAAAGUUAUCAUAGUCGCACCAUCUUCUUUAUUUUCUGUGAAUAAACAUAAGGCUUGAGGCUUGUUUUGGUCUGAGCAAAUGUCAUCUUGUUUCUGUUCUUGAUGCGAAUGUUGCAAUUUUCUUUUAAGUUUCAAAUGUGUUUCUGCAACUAUUUUACCCACUGUAAAUGUUGGUGAAAACGCUGCCUGGCUUGCUGCAGAUACAAUAAUAUUAUUAAGCUAUUGCUGUGUAAUAUUCUUUGCCAUCAUUUGAAAUGGCCAGUGUUUUUUUUCACAAGUGAUUAGCAGCAUCUAAUAUCAGUCAUUAGCCAUUGAAACCUGACAAAGAUCACCUGAUGAUGCAUACACUGUCCCAUUUUCAAACCGUGAGAAUUCUCUGCAGCCAGCGGUUGACCCUUCCGUGUGGUCCGUCAGGGCCAUCGGAGAGGGAUUUGAAAUCUGCUGCACAAUAGAUGAUUGGCAGUUUUCUUUAUCAUUAGGCUAGAAAAAUGCAAAACUACCCACCUAAUGUAGUUUCUAAAUACAUUUAAGAUGAGAAAUGGAAGAGUUGCAGAAUCGUAUGACAAUUCAAAAAGUGAUGUUCUUUAUUUGAGAUGAAUCAACUGUGAGUGGUUGUGUCCAGACUGAGUAAAGGUUAAAACAAUCUAAGUAAAAUAGUUAACAACUUAGUAUUUUACUUUGUAAUUCUCUGGGUUUUUUUUUAUUUAGAAAAGUAGAUGUUUCUUUGCUCAGUGCCUUUGUUGUAUAAUGAAGAGGCCAUGUAUACCUAUAUGUGCAGUCUGUUGACUAUUAAUCAUACACAUGGAAGUAUGGGAUAUCUUGUCAUGAAUUUACUGUAAAAUAGACUGAUUUGUAGAAUAUGUAAACACUAUACAUAUGUAGUGUUCCGCUGUAAGUUUUCCUCUUUCUACCUUUGCUGUUUUAUGUACUUUACAACAUUCUGUACUGCAAAUGUACCAAGGAACACAGAUUGGUAGAUGAUGAAUAGAAAUGUAGCAUUGGGAAGCAUUCAACAUCUUUUCCUUUGGAAUCUAGACCUCCUUAAAGUCUGUUAAAUUCAUUAUUUUGGCCAUUAUAUUGUGUGCCAAAAUUACUUUGAUUUGCAUUGUCUAAGAAUAGAGGCAACUUUCUGUUGCUCCAUGUGGCAUUCUAGAGGAGAAUGUGACCAAACACUAUAGACCUACGCCUUAACUCGUCUUCAUCUGAAGCAUGUCCAUCUGUCGUCAGUCAUGGAAAUAAUCUGUAAUCUCUAUUAAAAUGAUAUUGUGGAUUUAUUUUGUGGCUUCUCAUGUUACACUGGCCUUUGGAAAACUGAUCCAGCAUGGCAUUUCAAGCAUGUGUUCAUGUUAUUCUGUGUUGUGUGCCGCCCUACAAUAAAUGUUAUACCACUUCC